CGUAACUAUUUUCCUGUUGGCACUUGGUGGCUUCAGGUGUUUCCCGAAAGCACAUUUCAGGACGCGCCACUCAUGGAUAUCUGCGGCCUCUUCCUCUUGUUCUUCGUCAUCCUUAGCCGCGACGCCUUCGUAAGAAGUACCGAAGGAACCAAAGGAGAGUCGGACCGAAAAGCCAGCCGGAAGGAGACUGUAGAAACGCCAUACUCGGAAGACGCAGGGGAAGUCUUGACCCCGUGGGAGCCAAGGUCAUGGCUGCCAGAGCAGAGAAAGAGGCAGCUCCUUAUACGAAGUCAAGGAUACGGCCAGCGGGACCAGGGAUCAUCGGUCGCUCAGACGCCAAGAGAGGGCGCCAGGAUCCCCCCGCCGGCGCAGCCUUCACCCCGAACCAUGCACAUCACCCGUCUUGUGCCGGUGUUUAUGUCGUCGGAGUUCGUGGGCGCUGCGGGCGGCGUCAGCGGCCUGUAUUCGCCUCCGACUACAGAGCCACCCACACCAGACCCAGGAGCCUUAGUAGGAUUCGCGGUUGGAGGCCUUCAUUUCCAAGCGUGUACUAAUGUGUGCGAGAAUCGGAAUAGCUUUGGAGGCUGUGAUGUUAAUGUUACAUGUCUUUUCUCUCAGAGGGUUAACUUUUAGUGAAGACGAAGAAAGAAACCAACUUUUGAC